AGCAGUGGAGCAGAGCCGGAGGAUGGAGCUCUGAGUCCAACGCUAAACUCUGAACUUCCAGCGGAAACUAUCUGUAUUAGACAAGCUGGAUUUUCAUUUAUUAUAAUUUAUUCUCAUCUCUUAUCAUUUGCUAUCACUUACUGGAUCUCGGUGGAUUUUUCCACCAAACGGAGACGAAGCUUAGAGUGAACCGAUGAACGACUGCGUUCGGAGCCUUUAGCCGGUUAGCUGCUGCUGCCUACCGGGGCCGCUGAGAACAUGGGCCGGGGAGACGGACCGAAGCGGGGCAGACCCCCCAUGGGACCCCCGGCUGACGACAGACCUCCAUUCGACAUGGGGCCACCUGGCUGGGGGCCUCCGCCGCACGGGGGUUGGGGCCCUCCGCCGCCUGGAGGCUGGGGUCCUCCCCCGCCGGACGGAUGGCCUCUUCCCCCAGAUGAGUGGGGCCCUCCGCCGCCUGGAGGAUGGGGGCCGAGGGGGCCUCCGCCUCCGGACUGGGACCUCAGAGGACCUCCGCCGCCGGGCUGGGGGCCUCACCCCGACGACUGGCUGCCUCCUCCGGAGGACUGGGGCCGUCACCCCGACCCCUGGAGGCGUCCACACCCCGACGAAUGGAGGCUUCACCCGGACGACCUGAGACAUCUCCGGGAGGAGGAGUGGCGGCGGCUCCGCCCCGAGGACUGGGGCCCCGACAGGCCGCUCCCUCCGCCGGGUUGGGGACCUCUGGACUGGGGUCCGGAAGGUCCUCCUGAACCGUGGGGACCCGAGCCCGGACCUCCCGUCCCGCCUCCAGUGCCUCCUCCGGGGCUGGCGCCGCCUGUCGGGAUUCCUCCUCCGGACCCCACAGCCUUCGGCCCGGGGCCGCUCCCUCCGAUCCCCCCGCCGUCCUGCGUCCCUCCCUUCGGGUUCCCGGCCUUCCCUCCGCCCGGCUGGACAGCGGAGAUGGUGGUGGAAGAACCGAUGCCGAACCCGCCUCCUGAUCAGCCCGAGUGGAUCAAAGCUCUGAUUUCGGCUCCGGCUGCUGAUUCGACUCCAGCUGAGACUAAAAAGCCUCCAGAGGAACCGGUUGUCCCCAAACCACCUGCCUCUGAGCCGGAACCAGAACCCAAACCCAAACCCAAACCCAGACCUGAGUCCAGGAGGAGCAAAGGUCUGGGGCUGCUGGGGAAACGGAUGUUCGAGAAACCUCCUCCUGGAAGAUCUACAGGAAUCAUCUCCUUCAUCGGGGUCAGUUUGAGACACUCCUUCUUCCUCAUGAACGUUUUGUGAAACAUUUUAAAUCUGGUUCUUAUGUUUUUUUGUGUC